CAUUAAAUUUGCGUUAGUUUGUCGUAACGUUGACUUCGUGUGCACAGUAGAAAUGAAGUUCCUGGUUGCAGUGUUGACUAUUCUUUUAUUAACAGGAAACGGAAUUUGUAAACCUGCGGCUUCAGCUAAACCUUCUAUUACAUCCGCAUAUGGAUACGGCUACGGUCAUGGAUUAUACGGUGGUUACGGAGGUUUAGGAUAUGGUGGAUUAGGUCUGUACGGAGGAUACGGAGGAUAUGGAGGUUUAGGACUUUACGGAGGUUAUGGAGGUUACGGAGGGUAUGGAGGAUGGCAUAGCCCAUUCGGAUAUGGAUAUCCUUUUUAUCGUUGAUUUAAGAAUCAGCAAAUGUAUCGUAUUUUUCAAUCUAUAAGACGUGCUCCAAUUUACCAAAAAUUUAAAAAGUAUAAUUAUUCCCAAUUUUAAGUUGUUUUCUUUAUGUAAAAAUGUGCGUCUUAUGUUUCGAU